ACUUCCUUCUGCGAGUCCCGGGAGCGGAGCGAGGUAGGGAUACAGAGUUCCAGGAGCCCAGUCCGUUCUUGUGGCCCAAGCCCCCGGCCGGCCGGUUCCGCAGAGAGGCGGGAGCCCAGGCUCCGGCUCUGCUUUGAAACUGGGAGGUAAGCUUAGCUAUGAGGGGUGAAUGUGUAUGUGUGGGAGGGUGGGAGUCCUCCUCCUCAGGGGACUGACGGAGAAAGGGCGGCCCCGGAGGAGAGGAGGGGAAGGGAAAGGACUCCCAGCGGGGGUGGGUGGAGAGGGAGGACGCAGAGGUCGCCAGGGCGCCAGACAGCUUCGGAGAGAUCCAGGCUCCCCCAAAGUCUCGGGUCCUCGUCUAGCUCUCGUCCCCCGCACCAGAAUCCGCCUUGGAAGUUGCCGCCCAGCGGUCUGGCCACCUCCCCCUCCUCCUCCCCUCGGGCCGCCCCCCCCCCCCCCCCCCACUGGUUUCCAGUCGAGAGAGCAGAGCGGCAGCGAAAGCUGGGAGCGGCUGCAGCUCGGGCUCCUCCUCCCCGCCGACCCGGACUUCGCGUCCCGCCUCCCAGUGCAUGCCCUGGAGGGGCUCCAUCUCUGCUCGUCUAGGUCUCGGAGCUAGUCUCCAGGUGUCUCCGAGAGACUUUCUGGGCACCGGCUCUCUUUCUGGCCCUCGCAGAAGGCUGCUCCUGCCUCCCGCCACCUUCCCGGCCCCCCGAGCUCUCUCCAGCUUCCUGCGAUGUGAAUCCAGCUGGCACCGGGGCGGCCUCAGGCUUCCUUGCACUGCGCUCACCCCUGGGUGCGAGCACGGGAGAGGUUUCGGAGUCGCUCCUUCUCAGGCUGGGCAAGUCCGACCCAAGGAACCCGGCCGCCUCUGCUGAGGCAUGGAGGGGAAGCGCCCGCCAGGGGACCACCGGCCCACCGCCCGGCACCAACCCCUGUAGCUCCGAUCUACAUGGAGCCUUCCUGGAGAGGGACCUGGUCGCCUUCCCACUCUGCUUGGUGCGGCUGGUGAGAGCUCUCCUUCCUUUGUGAAGUGGACGUCAGGGGGAUCUAUGUUCUUGAGGGAACAGAGACUCAGCGCAGGCGAAGGCGAGGAAGUUUGAGACGCGGGAGGAUGCAGGCUGCGUAUUGGUACGUCCUUCUCCUCUGGCAGCCUACUCUCUACCUGGUCACCUGCGCCAAUUUAACAAAUGGCGGGAAGUCGGAGCUUCUAAAAUCUGGCGGCACCAAGUCCACCCUCAAGCACAUCUGGACGGAGAGCAGCAAAGACUUGUCCAUCAGCCGGCUUCUCUCACAGACUUUUCGCGGCAAAGACAAUGAUACGAACUUGGACUUGCGCUACGACACCCCAGAACCUUACUCGGAGCAAGAUCUCUGGGACUGGCUGAGGAACUCCACAGACCUGCAGGAGCCUCGGCCCAGAGCCAAGAGACGGCCCAUCGUCAAGACGGGGAAGUUCAAGAAAAUGUUUGGCUGGGGGGAUUUCCAUUCCAACAUCAAGACUGUGAAGCUCAACCUGCUGAUAACCGGGAAGAUCGUGGAUCACGGCAACGGGACGUUCAGUGUCUACUUCCGGCACAAUUCCACCGGGCAAGGCAACGUGUCCGUGAGCCUGGUGCCCCCCACCAAGAUCGUGGAGUUCGACCUGGCCCAGCAGACGGUGAUCGAUGCCAAAGAUUCCAAGUCCUUUAACUGCCGGAUCGAGUACGAGAAGGUUGACAAGGCGACCAAGAACACGCUCUGUAACUAUGACCCUUCCAAAACGUGUUACCAGGAGCAGACCCAGAGCCACGUGUCGUGGCUCUGCUCCAAGCCCUUUAAGGUCAUCUGCAUUUACAUUUCCUUUUAUAGUACCGACUACAAACUAGUACAGAAGGUGUGUCCGGACUACAACUACCACAGUGACACGCCCUACUUCCCUUCAGGGUGAGGAGGAGGAGUGGCUGUGGAAAAAGGCACGAGGAGGAGGAGGAGGAGGAGUCCGAGCGCCCUUAGCCGCAGCUGUGACUCCGCGAGCAAGAACUCGGCUGGCCGGCCCUCGCUGCGCUCCGCACUGUGGCCGCUCGCGGUCUGCCUGGAGCGAGAGUUCUUUCUGGACCCAGAUGAAAUGUACAUAGAAAUAAAAUCCUUAUCGUUGAGUUUCAA